AUGGCGGGCCGCAAGACCAUUUUCAUUAUAAAGGGAGACGAAGGGCUCUUAAAUAACAAACACAACGAGAAGCGGUUUAAGUGCAGUGAUGUGCAAGUAGAUGAUGGCGAUGAUGGCGCCAGCCAGCACACCGGGUCGUUCUACGGGGACCACGGCACGCCUGCGCCUGUCAUGACUCCGCCUUUUGUCCUGCGGAUCACCACAGACCACCAGCCGAAAGACAAAGACAUCGGCUUUAUGAUCGGCAGAAACCCAGCCGAGUGCGACAUCUUGCUCGACGACCGCAGAAUCAGCGAGAUGCAUCUCGCUGUGCAGCUGAACUUUAAGUCCGGCACCAUCCUCUUGAAAAACCACUCGAAGCACGGUACCCAGGUCAAAUUUUCUGAACAGAAACAGUCGAGGCUGUUGAAGGGGGCCCAGACUUUGUUGAAUCUCGAAACGGCAUACAUUAAGUUUAGCGACAAUCUUGAAAUCCAAAUCGAGCACUUUGAUAAGCCGGUGGGUUGGAACCAAUAUCUCGCCGAUCAAAUAGAUCAAAAUAAUGUUCCGAGCUUAGCCCUACUAGGGCUGGGCACGAAGAUUGAAACGACCAAUGCAUCCAAACGGCCUCCCGUCUACAUUCAAGAUCGCCGGCUUGGACAGGGUGCCUUUGCACAAGUGUUCAAGGCCAUUGAAAAAUACACCGGAGACGUAUACGCAAUGAAGCUGUACGACAAGCCCCAGAAAGCGCGGUGGCAAGAGCAGGCGAUGUUGGAACGUCUGAAACAUCCUGCACAACUCAUCAUGGAGUAUGUCGAGGGGCCUAAUCUUCAAGAAUUCCUCGAUCCAAGGAACGGGCACCCGCCGCUCGGCAUGGCUGAAGCCCGGGAUGUGCUGCAUCAGCUUCUUCAGGCAGUUGCCUAUCUCCACGGCGAAGGGGUGACACACAGGGACAUCAAGCCGGCCAACAUCAUCCUGGUACGCCGCGAUCCCAUCCAUACGAAGCUGGUCGAUUUUGGCUUGGCAACCGGGGCGCAGCUGUUUGACACGUACUGCGGCUCGCCGUUGUACCUCGCGCCAGAGCUCAUCAAGGGGCGUGGGCGGCGUACAAACAAGGUGGACAUUUUCUCGAUUGGCGUCGUUGCCCUUGCUCUGUUUGGGGUUUCGUUUAGCCUGGAGCACGCCCACGGACCGCAGGCAUGCCUCGACGCUGUUUUACAGCAAAGACGGUCGUUGGCCACCCAGGGCCAACCUCUCCCUGCCCAUCUCGAUUUGGUUCAUAGACUUCUCUCGGAACGCCCAGACGACCGACCCUCGGCACAAGCAUGCUUAGGACACAUAUUCUUUCAAUCUGAUGCCCAUCUCGGCGCAUCUCUCGGGCCGCACGGUCUUGUUCCCGACCUACGCACUCAAAUUAUGCACACGGACUAUUGGAGGGACAUGGGAUACAACCCGGAAGAAGUAGCCACAGAGAUUGCAGACACCCAAGAUCCCCCACGCGCAGAACAGGUCUCCAGGGAAGCUAUACAGGGGCGGUUCCAGCAGCCGGCUGACAACGCUGUCGACGCCGAACGUCUCGACCCAAAGAGCCCGCAAGUCGCGGCUGACCACACGAGUAGACGCAGAGCGAGGCGCGAGAUGAGCCAAUCCCACCGGUCAAGACACUCGUCUUCAUCGGCUCGACGCAAGCGCCAAAAACAAGAGAACAACAACGCUUCCGGAAGCAGACGCUCAGCGUUUAUCAGAUCUAGCGCGCCGUCCCCGCUUUCCGGUCGUAAAGACCAUUCGAGCCUUGCGUUGAUGCCGGAUGGACAGGACAACCAAGUGGAGUGGGGCGACUGGCUCUAUAACAACUUCGACUACAGGCUUCCUGGUAUCGACGAGAAUGCUGCCUCAUAUGUUAGUGCUAUCCCGGACACGGCCUCGUGUGGUAGCAUUCCCGAGCAAUGGACCUUGGACGGCUCUCGUCACAGCCCACAGCAAAGCCGUCGUUCGUCUAGUUCCUCCAAGGCCGACCCCGACCACGGGGUCCAGACCGGAGCCACACAGGCCACAUCUGGUGUCCUAGACGUAUCGUUCGGGAAAACGCCCGCGAAGGACGAGUUGGAGUCUGAGGCAGACUUGUACGACGGUUGCAUCACCGCCCUACGAAAACAACCCGUGGAGCUGCAUCGGACACAACUCCCAGCUUCCACUCACUCUCGCGACUUGGAGACUUGGGAGGUGAAGACGUUCGUUUCCCUGACGCGGAUGGCGCCGACUGUGGACUACGUAUCACGCACCCUCAACCCGAACCAGAGGCGUCACAAGGUGUGA